AUGGGGGCCCUCAGAACCGUUGGUCUAGUGAUUCUAGCGAUCUCGGCGUUCACCUUUAUUGCGCUAUUUGGCAGGCUGCCAGCUUUCCGGAAAACUCCGGUCGCUUGGCUACAUCGGGUACUGUGGGUGUACUUUCCGAAUGGAAUUGCCGCUGUCGAUGAUCGUUUAUUCGGCGGGAGGGUAGUACGAGGCUGGAAUCGAUCUGGCAGCUAUGUACUGAAGGAGAACCACCCGCUUGUUCUGAUCUUCUUUACCUCGCUGCUGGUCAUUGGAGAAGGCAUCUUUGUCCCGGCCGCAUGGCCUCAGCUUUCGAGCAUUCAUCGCCUCUGGGUACCUGUAGCUAUCACCUUGCCAUAUUUCCUGCUCUAUAAGUGUGUUGUGACCAAGUCAUUUAUCACAGCUGAGAAUCAUGAGGAAGAGAUGAGACGUUACCCGUACGACCGAGUCCUUUUUCAUCCGGGACAUGAAUGUCACACUUGCAAGUUCCUCAAGCCAGCGCGCAGCAAGCAUUGCAACUUCUGUCAGGCCUGCAUUUCUCGACACGACCACCAUUGCGUCUGGCUGAUGAACUGUGUCGGGGCCAACAACUGCGUGUACUUCGUCUCGCUCUUGGUCUCCCUUUCUGCCAUGUUGAUCUACGGCUGCUACCUUGGCCAUUCCAUACUCUCUGAGAUGUUGAGGCAAGUGGUUCCGCCGGAGACACAGGAGGCUAUGCAAGGCUGGACAGUCUGGAUCAAUACAUGGGGUAUUAUGGUCUCUGCUUAUCCCAGGAUUGGGGCAGUAUUCCUACUGAUGCUUAUGACUGCCCCGCUCGCAAUAUCUUUCCUGGCGUACCAUACAUAUCUCAUCUGGGCUGGGGUGACAACCAAUGAGAGCGCUAAGUGGUCCGAUUGGAAAGAGGAUGUGGAAGACGGCUUUGUAUUCAAGACAAAAAGAAGUCUCAUCUUCGACCGCCCUCUUCCCAUGGAUCUAUAUGAUCAACUGUGGCCUGUGCAUACGGAUCAAAUCCUUGUUACUGAUGAGGGUCCUCCAACUGAAGGAUGUUUACUGGCCAACGACUCCAAUUGCAUUGCUCAUCGCCCGGAAUCAGACAUGCCUCCCGACCCUCGAUGGAAGCGACUCCACACUAUGAGAGAUGUUGACAACAUCUACGAUAUGGGCUUCUGGUAUAAUCUUCGGGACGUGAUGGGAUUAUCUGUUCGUCGACCUAAGGAGAUAUCCAGUUUUUAA